UUUUGCUCUUCUUUUCCCCUUUUGAAUAAUCGUUUAGUCGUUUUCUCCAUUUCUUAAUUUUCUUCAUUGUAGAAAAAAUGGGCCACUUAUAUUUUCGUAUAUGUAGCCAAAUUGGGUCUUUCUUCAGUCAUUCGACAAGUAUAAAUUAAGAAAGAGCUCAAACGUUUUAGUAUUGCGACAAUUGGUAAACAACAUACCCAAAUACCCAAAAUGGCUUCUGCUCAAGUUCUCACAAAUCUUCUUAUGACGCCAUGCAAAAUGGGAAAGUUCAAUCUUUCUCAUAGGGUUGUUUUGGCACCCUUGACUCGACAAAGGUCAUACGACAAUGUUCCUCAGCCACAUGCCAUCUUAUACUAUUCCCAAAGAACCUCCAAUGGGGGUCUUCUCAUUUCAGAAGCAACUGGAAUUUCUAAUACUGCUCAAGGGUACCCUGAUACACCUGGUAUAUGGACAAAAGAGCAAGUUGAAGCUUGGAAGCCUAUUGUUGAUGCAGUUCACGCUAAAGGUGGUAUCUUUUUCUGUCAGAUUUGGCAUGUGGGCAGAGUUUCAAAUGCAGGUUUCCAACCAAAUGGCCAAGCUCCAAUAUCUUCCACUGACAAGUCAUUGACUCCCCAAAUUCGAUCAAAUGCCAUUGAUGUCGCAGAAUUCGAUCCUCCAAGGCGGCUUGGCACAGAUGAAAUUCCUCAAAUAGUCAAUGAUUUUAGGCUAGCUGCGAGGAAUGCCAUGGAAGCUGGCUUUGAUGGAGUUGAGAUCCAUGGAGCUCAUGGUUACCUGAUUGAUCAAUUUUUGAAAGAUGAAGUGAAUGACCGAACAGAUAAAUACGGUGGAUCUUUAGAGAAUCGGGGUCGUUUUGCUCUUGAAGUGGUUGAAGCUGUUGUUAAUGAGAUAGGUGCUGAUAAAGUUGGAAUUAGAUUGUCACCAUUUGCAAACUACAUGGAAUCAAAUGACUCCAACCCAGAGGCUUUGGGGCUUCACAUGGUGGAAUCUCUGAACAAGUAUGGGAUCCUGUAUUGCCACAUGGUUGAACCAAGAAUGAAAAGUCUUGGAGAUAUUGAUGAGACCCCUCAUAGUCUUGUCCCCAUGAGAAAGGCUUUCAAUGGUGCAUUCAUUGUUGCUGGGGGUUAUGGCAAGGAAGAUGGGAACAAUGCUUUAGCUGAAAAUCGUACUGAUCUUGUUGCUUAUGGUCGUCCCUUCUUGGCUAAUCCAGAUUUGCCAAACAGAUUUGAGCUUAAUGGCCCUCUAAAUAAGUAUAACAGAAGCACAUUCUACUUGUCUGAUCCUAUUAAAGGUUAUACUGAUUAUCCAUUUCUUGAAACCACAUCUUCAAGUACUCAAAAUAUAUAGGUCCAAGCCGUGAGUGAGUGAUUUCUUCUCUUGUACUCAAAAAGAGCUGUAGGGACAUGGAAUAAUUUAGUUUUGAGUACUGUAGAAUGUCGAUGGCUGGGAUUUGGGAACAAGAAGGAUUUUAAUUUAAAUGUAAAAUAAUUAACCUUCGUUAUUUGUAUGAGCACUCCAUUGUCUCUCUCUUGUUUAAUUAAUAAUUCCAAAUUUCCAAUAUGUUUUCUUAAACGAUUGGUUAAGUGUUACUUGGAGGG